GCUUGCCCUCGCACGUGACCAGUGGGUGUGUGUUGUCUUCUCCCCUCAUUCAGUGCGACGUUUUAUUAAAGUUGUAAGAUGGCGACGGUGCAUCUGAGGAUCGGGGAUCUAGUGUGGGGGAAGCUUGGUCGUUACCCGCCAUGGCCAGGGAAGGUAGUAAGCCCUCCCAAGGACUUGAAAAAGCCCAGGGGCAAAAAAUGCCACUUUGUGAAAUUCUUUGGAACUGAAGACCACGCCUGGAUCAAAGUAGAACAGCUGAAGCCCUACCAUGCCCACAAAGAGGAGAUGAUUAAGAUAAACAAAGGAAAACGCUUCCAACAGGCAGUCGAUGCCGUGGAAGACUUCCUAAAGAAAGCGAAGGGUAAAGAACAGAACUUAGAUGGCAAAGGAGACUCAAAAGGAAAGAAGACACCCAAUAAGCCGCUGAAAAUACUGGAGGAGGAUGACGAGGAUCUCAGUGCCCUGAAGGACCCCUCCGAGAAGGACUUAACUGACUCAGACCCCGAGCCGUCCACUAUUGAGAGGCUGGGGGCGGGACCUGGCUCAGGAUUCAAGUGGGAAAGCAGUCCUGUGAAAGACGACCCACAUUUCCAUCACUUCUUACUCAGCCAGUCUGAGAAGGCUUGUGGUGAUGUGCAAUGUGCUACAGGUGCCAAAAAAAUCGGUUUGCCAGCCUCAUCAAUGGAACCCAUUAGCAAGCGCCUGAAGAUCAUUGAAGAGGACACGGGGUCGACCUCUAUCCAAGCAGCCGACAGCACAGCCAUCAAUGGCAGCAUCACACCCACAGAUAAAAGGAUAGGGUUCCUGGGUCUGGGGCUGAUGGGUAGCGGUAUAGUUUCCAACCUGUUGAAAAUGGGUCACGUUGUCACAGUGUGGAACCGCACAGCAGAAAAGUGUGACCUUUUCAUCCAGGAGGGGGCCAGGUUAGGCCGGACUCCUGCAGAGGUGGCUUCCACGUGUGAUAUCACUUUCUCUUGUGUCUCUGACCCAAAGGCUGCCAGGGAUUUGGUGUUGGGACCCAGUGGAGUGCUGCAGGGCAUCAGGCCAGGCAAAUGCUACAUAGAGAUGUCCACUGUAGACCCAGAGACCAUCACAGAACUCUCACAGGUGAUCACAUCGCGGGGCGGGCGUUUCCUGGAGGCUCCGGUGGCGGGAAGCCAGCAGCUCUCCAACGAUGGCAUGCUGGUCAUCCUGGCUGCUGGCGACAGAACGGUCUACGAGGACUGCAGCAGCUGCUUCCAGGCCAUGGGCAAGACCUCCUUCUUCCUGGGUGAAGCGGGUAAUGCAGCGAGGAUGAUGCUGAUCCUCAACAUGGUGCAGGGCAGCUUCAUGGCCACCAUUGCAGAGGGGCUAACCCUGGCCCAGGCCACCGGCCAAUCACAGCAGACCUUCCUGGACAUCCUGUGCCAGGGCCAGAUGGCAAGCACCUUUGUGGACCAGAAAUGCCAAAAUAUUUUACAGGGCAACUUUAAGCCAGACUACUAUUUGAAACAUAUUCAGAAGGACCUGAGGCUAGCCAUCUCCAUGGGCGACAUGGCCAACCAUCCAACCCCAAUGGCUGCUGCUGCCAAUGAGGUUUACAAGAGGGCUAAGGCACUGGACCAGUCAGACAAUGACAUAUCUGCCGUCUACAGAGCCUACAUUCAUUAGAGCGAGGUGUGAGCUUUCCUCUGGACCACACAGUCUUUCAUCCCUUCUAGUUUUUCCCCCUUGUCAUGUAAUGAGUUUUAUUUUUAAAUUCUCCUUUUUUUUAAAUUUCAUUUUUGCCACGGCGCCAGCCAUGUUCGCUGCCCACAAGUCAUGGGGUUGUGAUUCCUUUUGUUAGCGGCAACCUUUUAAGCAUUGCACUGACUACUGGGGGAAUAUAUGCUGUAAAGAGUGUUCCGAAAUGAGGUUGUACUACUGCAGUUUGCUGUAGGGGCAGUUUGUCUGGUUUCUGGAGUAUGGUGGAAGUAAAGCAGGCCAAGGAUGGGGGGGGGGGGGCUCCAGUGCAGCUGUGAAGAGCAGGGUGUCCCGCUCAAGCCAGAGAAAACGCUGUCAGGUUUUGUGGAUGCAUAAACCCUAAAGAAGAAUUUGUUUUGUUUUGUUUUGCAAAUGAUGAGUAUAUUUAAUUGAGUGUGAUCUUUGCUUUUCUUUUAAAUGUCCAGAAUUCCAUGAGAGAAAACACCAAGAACAUGCCACUGCAUUGCCUUAAUAUUGUAACCCCUCAAGUCUUUUCAAUAAUAGUAUUUAUUUAUGUUUCUUUCUAGGUCUUCUUGGUGCAGGUUGGCCAUGGCUUGUUUCUGUAUUUGAGAUGAUUUAUGCUUUUACGUUGGUGUUUCUUCAACAGGUUAAUGACAGAGCAACAGAUGUGUUGAGGCCUUAAAAUGCAGUAAUAAUUGAUAUUUCUCAUCAAGACUUGAGAUUUCCACAUGUGAAAACCCUUCAUUCUUGUGUUUGGAAGAGCUCUCAUUUAAACAGGUUUUUUUGUUUGUUUUUUAAUAUAUUACUCUGAAAAUAGAUGAAUCCACUUUUUGAGUUGCAUUUUAACUGAUGUCAUAAUUAAGCCCCCACGUCAAUCGUGUUUUUAUCUGGUAGUUGGAGGUAAAAGUUGUGGCUGGGUGUUGAAGGCCAAUUUUAGACCAUCAUGGGACACAAGUACACGAUUAAAAACAACCAAGCUAAUGAAAGCGUUUGAAGUGG